AUGAGCACUAUGGGUGGCGUGCCCUUCCCAUGGCCCCCGAAGGCGUCCCCCAUUUGCUGUGCUGGCUCGUCCCUCGGUCUCCGAGAACCCAAGAACCCCCACGCUUCAGCUCCCUCAUCCUUCGCAUCUCGGACCCGCGCCGCCCUCGCGCAAUGGCCAAGUAAUCCUGGACACUUUCUCCCCGUCAAUGAACAUGGCAGCUUCGCAUUUGAUCGCGUCCUGAAGACUGGGAAAGUAUUCCGCCGCGUCAAACACAAACAUGUCUUCCGCGCCUCCUGGAAAUCUGCCUAUCUCGUCCUGCGCCCGAACCUCCUCUCCGUCUACAAGGAUGAAGAGACCACUCGGCUCCGCGUCUCAAUUACCCUCUCCGAGGUGACGGCCGUCGCAACAGUCAAAACGCCUCGCUCUACCCGCAAGCACGUCUUCGGAAUCUUCACCCCGUCCAAAAACUACCGAUUCGAAGCCCCCUCCGAGCGCGAUGCCGAGGACUGGAUCGACCGGAUCCGCGCCGAGACCCCGAGAGACGAGGACGACCAAGCCUUCCUGGCCCUAUCGCACAAGCGAGAGCCCCCAACUAUCCAAAGACAAUUCGUCGAUGACACGACCGACCAUUCCGACCAGGAUGCAAUUGCCCGCGCCAGUUCUCCCGAACUAGGGCGCGCCUUAUCGCCGGACUACUCAGGGAAUGAGAUCACUUCCUAUUCAGAGCUCUCGGACGGACCACCUCCCACGCGAAGCAGCCGAUUGCGAUCCAUGCCCUCCAUUCACACCCUGUCCAUAUCCGCCCCCGAAGACAAGCCAGUCUCCUCGUCUCUACCGCGAGAUACGAGCCGGCAGUCGGAUCUAGGCAUUCUGCGGGAUCCGGAACGUGUUGUUUGUCAAGGAUAUCUACAAGGACUGCGAAUCAAGGGUACUGUGCGACAGUGGAAGCGGCUCUGGGUCGUGCUUCGACCCAAAACGCUAGCUUUUUACAAGGAUGAUCAGGAGUAUUCGGCUCUUAAAAUCAUAUCCAUGUCUCAAGUCAUUGAUGCCGCUGAGGUCGACCCGAUGUCACGAUCAAAGAGAUUCUGCUUGCAGCUCAUUGCCGAGGAAAAGACGUACCGGCUUUGUGCUCCGGACGAGGAAUCGCUCGCGCGUUGGCUCGGCGCGAUGAAGAGUAUCUUUGCAGCGCGCAAGAAGCUCGAAACGGCUCCAGCUGUCGCGGCGUGA